AUGGAGAAGAUGAGACUGUCUAGAUCGCUAACUGGGUCCCCGGGGCCGGCGGCGAUCGAACCGAGACAGCCGAUGACGCCUCCGCCCUACUCGGGCCCGUCUACCGCCACUAGUACAGAGCGGCAGCAGCAACAGCUUGAUGGCGCAUCCGUCAAAGGUCCCGCCCAAUACCCAGGUCUACCCCGACUCGACUACCGGCUCUAUUCUCCCCCGCUCUUUAAGCUGUCGAGCGACGCCACAACCUUGUCCUCCAAGGCCGAGUACUUGUCGACCAACGCGGCGACGCUCGCGGCACUGGUCCGUGCGCAGGCGACGGUGCCGCCGAAGCCUCAGAUCCAGGUCCGUGGCACCCGGGGUCGCAGGGUGGACUUCGACAUCAAGCUCAACCUCAUGAGCCUGCUUAUUCCCGACGAUCAUCUACAACGCAUCGAAUACCUUCACUGCGUCGGCGAUGGCGAGGUGGCAUACCGCGGCGGCAUACGCCCCGACGUUCUACCCCAGGUAGGCGGAGGCGGCCUAGACGAAUGGUGCCACCGCUUCGUCCAAGACACUGCCACGGUCAAGUCGUUUGCGCUCGACCGCGUCGUGGCAAAUCUCGAUGUGUCCUGGAUCGAGGGCCAGCUGCGCAGCCUGGUCGCCUCGGCCAAGUAUCGUGGCAAUGUCGACGUGAAAUUUCUCGUUGCUCACAGUCGCGUCCUUGUCCAAAGCCCAGAUAGGUUCAAUCCAUUCGUCACAAGUGUCACCACCCUCUUUUCUGGCAGGAACAAGUACGAGGUCGUCAAGGCAGUCUGGCCCUUUGCCACGCUGAAGAAUGGUGAGCAGGGCCGCAGAUGCGUCAUCCAAAGUGAAGACAUAUGGUGGUUGGAAUGGAGAGAUCCGAUUCGCUACGCCAUUUCUCAGAAACGUCAAGGGUGGGUUACUGUUGAGGAUAAGCUAGAGGCAGUGAUGGAGGGCAAAGGGAACCAGGCCGAGGUUAUCGAUUGGGGGGUAGAUAACUCGACAUAA